CAAACUAUCUUUAGUCCUUCAGCUUUCAUCAAUCUCUGCACAUAAAAACUUUUCAUAGCCUGAUUUUGUGGGGAUUGGUUCUCUCUCUUUUUUGUGUCUGAUAUGAAAAAGUCCCACGUUGUUGUUUCUCUUCUUCUGGUUCUACUGUUUCAUGAGGGAGUAGACAGCGCAGUUAGAACUCAAGAUGGAUCCGAAGCGUGGGGCUAUGUUCAAGUCAGGCCAAAGGCUCACAUGUUCUGGUGGUACUACAGAAGUCCAAACAGGAUUGAAGAUCCACAAAAGCCUUGGCCAAUAAUUCUUUGGUUACAGGGUGGUCCUGGCGCUUCAGGAGUUGGAAUUGGUAACUUUCAAGAGGUUGGGCCUCUAGAUGAGUUCCUAAAGCCGAGAAACUCAACAUGGUUGCAGAAAGCUGAUCUCCUGUUUGUGGACUAUCCAGUUGGGACAGGAUACAGCUUUGUGGAAGACACCACAUUAUUUGUGAAGAGUGAUGUCGAGGCUGCAACUGAUGGAACUACAUUGUUGAUUGAAGUAUUCAAUAAGAAUGAGACCCUCCAAAAGAGUCCUCUGUAUAUUGUAGCAGAGUCUUAUGGUGGCAAAUUUGCUGUUACUCUAGCUUUAUCUGCUUUAAAUGCUAUUCAGGCUGGAAAGUUAAACCUAAAUCUUGGAGGAGUUGCAUUGGGCGAUAGCUGGAUCUCACCUGAAGACUUCACUUCUUCUUGGGGUCCUCUCUUGAGAGAUGUCUCGAGGCUUGACAACAAUGGUUUGCAAAAAUCAGACAGUUUGGCUCUUCAAAUCAAACAGCAAAUUGCAGCUGGUAAGAUGUCAGAGGCCACAGACACAUGGAGCGCAUUGGAAGGCUUGAUUUCCCACUAUAGUAACAAUGUGGAUUUCUACAAUUUCCUCUUGGAUUCAGACGAGGACCCUUUAUCAUUGACAGCUGCAUCAGUAGAACUAAAACAAGAAAUUUCUCUAAAAAGGUACUCAAGGUACCUUCAGACCUUGAGGUCCACUCCUGGAGGUGAAGCUGAUCUUGAUAAGUUGAUGAAUGGUCCGAUUAAAAAGAAGUUAAAGAUCAUACCACAAAAUCUCACGUGGGGAGAGCAGUCCAAUCAGGUUUUUGCAGCACUGCAAGGUGAUUUCAUGAGUCCACGGAUCAGUGAGGUGGAUGAACUCUUAGCAAAAGGAGUGAAUGUGUCUAUCUACAACGGACAACUUGACCUCAUCUGUGCAACCAAGGGAACCAACGCAUGGGUUGAAAAGCUCAAGUGGGAUGGGAUCACAAAUUUCUUGAACACGGAUAGAACGCCUCUGUAUUGUGGAGGUGAAAAGAGCACAAAGGGUUUCACCAAGUCAUACAGAAAUCUACAUUUCUACUGGAUUCUUAAAGCUGGCCACUUUGUACCUGCCGAGCAGCCUUGUGUAGCAUUAUCGAUGAUAGGAAACAUCACGCAAUCGCCUGUUGCUUCGAAGUAGAGACUUUUAUACUUUCCCAGUUUUAAAAAUCCCUUCAACCAUUGACAGAACACAUACACAACACAGACACUGAAGCUAUAUGAACAGAGGAGAUAGCCAAAAGCCCACCCA